AUGGCUCAUCUGAUAAAGAAGAAGAUUUCUAACAGGCUGAGCGACGUGAUGAGCUCCGUGUCUCACAGGUCCGAGGCCACAGCGAGUGGAGCUCUGGCGCGUCUGGGCUUCCAGGCGGCCACCGACGACGAGGCGCUCGGAUUCGCCCAGUGCGACGAUCUGGAUUACCACUACAGACAGGGACUGAGGAUGGACGUGAUGACCACAGAGGAGCAGAAUGAUGGAAGGGCAGAAGGGGACGUUCGGUACCAGCGGAAGGACGGUGACCCUGCGGGCAGGACGCAGGAGGAGGAACAGGACAAACCCAAAAUCACGGCGUGGGAGGCGGGCUGGAACGUUACCAACGCCAUUCAGGGCAUGUUUGUUCUGGGCCUUCCCUAUGCUGUUCUGCACGGUGGAUACCUGGGCCUGUUCCUCAUCAUCUUCGCCGCGGUGGUUUGCUGCUACACGGGCAAGAUCCUCAUCAUGUGCCUGUACGAGGAAAACGAGGACGGCCAGCGCGUCCGCGUGCGGGACUCCUACGUGGACAUCGCCAACGCCUGCUGCGCGCCGCGCUUCCCCGUGCUCGGCGGCCACGUGGUGAACGUGGCGCAGAUCAUCGAGCUGGUCAUGACCUGCAUCCUGUACGUGGUGGUCAGCGGGAACCUGAUGUACAACAGCUUCCCGGGCCUGCCGCUCUCUCAGAAGGCGUGGUCGGUGAUGGCGGCGGCCGCCCUGGUACCGUGCGCCUUCCUGCGCAGCCUGAAAGCCGUGUCCAAGCUCAGCCUGCUGUGCACGCUCGCGCACUUCGUCAUCAGCGUCCUGGUGAUCGCGUACUGCCUGUCGCGGGCGCACGACUGGGCCUGGGACGACGUCAAGUUCUACAUCGACGUCAAGAAGUUCCCCAUCUCGAUCGGCAUCGUGGUGUUCAGCUACACCUCCCAGAUCUUCCUGCCGUCCCUCGAGGGGAACAUGCAGAGACCGGCCGAGUUCCACUGCAUGAUGGAGUGGACGCACAUCGCCGCGUGCGUCCUCAAGGGUUUGUUCGCCCUCGUGGCCUACCUCACCUGGGCUGACGCCACCAAGGAGGUCAUCACGGACAACCUGCCGCCCGGGAUACGCGCCUGGGUGAACAUCUUCCUAGUGGCCAAAGCCCUGCUCUCCUACCCGCUGCCUUUUUUCGCCGCCGUGGACGUCUUGGAGAAAUCCUUCUUCCAGGAUGGAAACGGUGCCCCGCUCCCAAGCUGCUACGGCCCGGGCGGUAACCUCAAACCCUGGGGGCUCGGCCUGAGAGUCGGGCUGGUGGUUUUUACCCUCCUGAUGGCAAUCUUCGUCCCACACUUUGCCCUACUCAUGGGUCUCACGGGAAGUCUGACCGGCGCCGGACUUUGCUUCCUGUUGCCCAGCCUGUUCCACCUCAGACUUCUCUGGCGCAAACUUCUCUGGCAUGAGGUGCUUUUUGACGUCUUGAUUUUUGUUAUCGGAGGGAUUUGCAGCGUCUCUGGGUUCAUUCAUUCGAUCGAAGGACUUAUCGAAGCCUUCGGGUCUGAUACCCCAGAUUAAAGGAGAA